AUGUCAGCAAGAGGCGCUCGUAGUCGCAAGGUACAACAGAAAGAAGUUGAGAAAAAGGAAAAGAAAAUUGCUGUAAAAGGAAAGGUGCCAGAAGCCACACAGGAAAGCCGAGAUGGAUUUGCGGAAUGGCGUCCAUCACCAAACCCCAGCAAUCCGAGAAGUGGCAUAACACGCUCCUUCACAGUAUCCAGCAACAACAGCCAUACGACAUCUCGGAGUAGUUCUACGCACGAUGGCGGAAAUGGUAGCAGGCCGCGACUAGCCACCCUUCCGUCUGACGUCUCCUCUGGAUCCCGACCUCCGCCAACGAAAUCAUCGAAGGCAGAGUCAGUCUCAGACACAUCUUCAAAAGGCAAAGAGAAGAUAAAAUAUCAGGCAAAGGGCAAAGACACAAAGGCGCCUCGUGGUAGAGGCGGAGGAGUGCCGAUCAAGAAGACCGUCGCGCCGUCACCUGGCCCUCCCGUCUUCAGAUCUGAGUCGUCAGCGGGUUCCUACGCUCUUCCGCCUGACCAGAAAACUUGGUUGAACUUCAAGAUAUGGACCGACGGAAGAGAAGAACUGCGUCCAUACGCCGGGUUUAGCUAUGACGAAGAUAUGCAACACGGCAGCGUACUCAUAUACUUCAAAGAGGAAGUAGACGAGGACCACCCAAUCCCCUCGAUUCGGGCAGACUUGGAUAUCCUCCAAAGCUCGGGAUCCACCUGGCUGAGCAAUGCCCUGCUGUAUAGUCUCAUCGAUGAUAACGACGUGGAUGACUGGGCUCUCUCGGAAAAUGCAAGUUCACCAUCUCAGCCUUUCUCGCCGAAUUUCCCACAGCCAGCACAACGACGAAUGCUAGGGCCCACAUCACCCGGUGGACGGUCUCCACCGCCCUUCGACAUCGAUCAGUCGCAUACCAGUAUAGAUUCUCGGGCUACUUCUCGGGCUUACCAUCCAUCCGAGGCCUCUCAUGGACGCCAACCUAACUCACCGCCUCCUUUCCAGCAGGGCUUCCAACGCAAUCCAACCCAUGAGAUAUGGUUUACUGCGCCUGACAACGUGAAAACACCACAGGCACAAAGAUUGCACCAUGUUGCUAUCCGUAAUUUCCUGGCCAUGUUGCACGGAAAACCCAUAGUUGGAUCCGACGUGUUCGAUAUGUUGAGUACGCUGCAACCUCAAAUACACGUCAUGUACGAUCUUGACACAGACACGCGGUCUGGAAUGACAGCCAGGGAACGAAGCGUGCAGAUGAUUGUGGAAUAUCUAGGCCGGUAUGGAAUUGACGACCUGCGCAACAACAUCCGACGAGCUCUAGGGCUUCUGGCUUGGGCAGAACAGGAUAGCGUCAAGUGGCGACAGGGCUACCUCGAAAGCUUUGUUCACCUGGCUGGUGUCAUGACGCAGGAAAUUGAGGAUCAUCCAGAUUUCAAGCGACUGUCAGUAGUCACAAGGCGGAACCUUGGGUUGGCUGCCAAGACACUGCAGUUGCGCGUCAUGGAAGCCGAGGAGAAGCUGUCAACGUUUGAUUUCGGUGAUCUUUGGGAGGACAGGUUGAAGACCGCGAACACUCCAGUCUAUCAAAGCUAUCAAUCGUUUCGCCAGUUCCUUAUCGGGCAUUUCACGCGCAUCUACGGCAACUGGCCGCCGAAUUCCGACAAGACGUGGCUUAAUCGCAAGGUUGUAAAUGCCAUGCAAGAAGACUUUGGUUCGCUGUAUGAUUACUUCGUCGAUAGGGAGGUGAUAUGGAAUCCUCGAGAAGAGCGGGCCUCCCGUAAGUGGGAAAUGGCCCAUAGGAAGAACGACAGCUUCAGGGCAGACCUUCCAGAGCUGGGGAUGACAGAAAUGCUGGUCACCUACGAUGCGAAAAAUGGGUAUGCACAUAUCCCACAUCCGUACCCGUUACUCCCAAGAGAAGUGCCAAAGACGAGUAAAGACAAGGAGAAGAAAAGCUUCUUUUCGUCGUUGAAGAAGGACAAACCCAAGGAUGCUACGAAAGACGCGAAGGCACAGCUGCAGCUCUCCAUCAUCUUCAGCGAUGCAACGAAUAUUGAGAAGCUGGACGUCAACUUCAACGGAUCCACACUUAUCGACAAGUUUGAACAGUUUGAGCUCACCACCGACCUGAAACACAUGUCACCACGCGAAGCCCGUCUCGGACGCUGGGUCCUCCUCUACGGUAUCCUCCAAGUCCUCUCAACCCUAUCCGUCGACGUCCAGGGCCUCAGACACACCGACGGCGUCCGCUCCUUCCUCAACACCGAUCUAAAGCGCAUGCCCGAGUGGGUAAGCAACGGUCAGAUUGAGCACCUAGAAGCCCGUCAACAACGAUCCUGGUGCUGGCAGCGCGCCUGGGACCCCAUGCCGGCGCAGUCCGCACCCGUAGAACUCGAGGCCACAUCAACCAACGCGGGCGAGCGUACGAACCACCAUGAUCACCAAGAAGCACGACGUGCCGAGAUAUCCGCGCAUAAUUUCCCCAGUCCACCGCCUCGACACGCUCUUCCGCCGCCGCCUCCGACUGCAGUUUCGCAUAAUCUCGACGGUGCAACGUUGAUGCAAAACGACAUUCGUCGGCUCGGCGAGAAGAUUAAUAACCUCUCCCUGUCCCACAACGCGGGUGUACAUUUCAGGCAAGAAUUUGAACGGCGCCGCGAAAACGAAAAGGUUAUCCAGGAUGAAUUCCACGACCGCAAACCGCGAUUACAAGGCGAGACGUUCGGACCAAGGGCAGCGAGGGAUCGAACUCCCUCGCCCUCCCUCCUCUCCCAAACUCCCACGCCAACACCCGCCCCCGUUCCCGCGACCGCGACCGCGACCGCCAACACCCCUCCCAACGAAGCACCUCCCGCCUAG